CUAAUUUUUUUUACAUUUUUUAGCACUUUUUGAUUGUAUUAAUCUUUAAAAGAUAUAAAAGUAUAGAAAAUUGUAAUAAAACGAUAAAGUUAAGAACUACCCAAUUAAUGUGAUUAAUCCGCUAAAACGGAGUACACGAAAGAUAUUGUAUUUUUAAACAUAAUUCUGCGUUUCAAUAUUUAUUUAUCGCUUUACUUAUCGUAGAUGUCAUAAUGAAUACAAAGCGAGGGUGAUUUAUCACCUUUUGUGAAACAAUGUUCCGUAUAACAAUAUUAUUUUAACACAAUAUUGAAUGAAAUCAACGAUGCGUGAUUCACAGUCUGCUCGCACCGGUGAUUCCUGAUUAUUGACCUUCGUCGCCUAUUUGUCAAUGAGACGGGGAUGGCCUUGUUUUUUUUCUCCGCGCGUCAAGUGGACGCACGGCUAUUUCGAUCAGCACCGGGAAUACCGAGGAGAGUUAUUACUGGUGCGCUGAGGAUUAUUACACGCAUAUACGUAUUUAUAAUCGGAAGCAAUUUGCUUCUUCUAUUUUUUUUCAUGUUGUGCCAGAUUUUAUAGAUAAUAGCUCGCGGAGAGCCCCAACGAGUGUCGUUACCAAGAACCUUCAUUUCUAGCGCACCGUGAAAGGUCGUGCAUUAUAUCUCGUUCGGCCAGGAUGCACAAACUAAUAUGUCCCCCUCAAAAUUACGAAAAACGGAAAUAGUAUACCACUUCGCAACGCGCUGACGCAUUUGUCUACAUGUAUAUAUAUAUAAAAAAAUCCCGUAACUCGCACUCCGUGUUAUAUAUAAAUCCCGUAAACGCCUCUUCGUGUUUUAUUUGUUGUGAGUCAGUUUCAUUCACAAGUUUCAUUGUACAAUCAAUUCUUUCUUUUUCUUUCCGCUCUCGAAUUGUUUAACAUGAACAACGUCUUGCUGUUUUUACUGUCGUUGUGUCAGCUGUUGCAGCAAAGAUUUAUCUUUGCGCAGAUGACCUUUACAGAUUCCGCCCCAACAACUUACAUUGUGAAUCAGAAUUGUCAGUGCUAUCUUGGAACUAUCUGUCCCACGGGCACUGGCGGUAUUGACAUCAGAAUAGUCAAUACGGGUGCAACUUGCCCUUCUGGAUAUGUGUAUUGUUGCGCUGGCGGUGGGGGUACAAAUAAUCCUUCUUGCGGCAUUCAAAAAAUCACACCCUCCGCACAUCCGGUGGGACAAGCCCCUUACGGUGCCUAUCCCUGGAUGGUGGCUAUUUUGACCUCUGGCAACGUUUAUGUCGGAGGCGGAGUGCUCAUCAGUACAACACAUGUUCUUACUGUUGCUCAUAAAGUAGCAGGCUAUGUGAAUGGUGGAAUCAAAGCGAGAUUAGGUGAAUGGAACGCUCAAGGUCCCACUGAACCUUAUCCACAGGUAGAGAUUUCCAUCUCAAGAGUCACCUUGCACCCUCAAUAUAAUUCGCAAAACCUUCAGAACGAUAUAGCGGUGCUUAAAUUGAGCUCGGCUGCUCCCACAGCAACUAGUCCUAGCAUUAAUACAGCAUGCUUGCCAUCUGGACCGGUUCCCGCAAAAACGAGAUGUUGGGUAUCGGGCUGGGGAAAGGAUGCCUUUGUUAACGGGAUGAAUCCAAAUAUCCUGAAAGAAGUAGACGUGCCUGUGUUGAGUCAAGCGGAUUGCCAAACGGGACUUCGAAAGACUCGACUCGGUGACCUCUUUGUACUGGACAACAGUUUCAUGUGCGCAGGAGGGGAAGCCGGCAAAGACGCGUGCACUGGCGAUGGAGGUUCGCCACUGGUGUGUUCAAAUAACGGGCCUUAUCAAGUUGUCGGGCUGGUGACAUGGGGUAUAGGUUGUGCGGGUGCGGGAGUACCCGGUGUAUACACCAAUGUGAACUAUUUCUAUUCCUGGAUCAUGCAACAAAUGACAUAAUUUUUAAAACUGUACAUCCUAGUAUUUAAAAAACAUUAAGAGUAAAUAAAAAAACUUUAUAUUCAUUAUAUAUAAUUAAAUCUUGUAAAAAAUGAUCCAAUUAGUAAUAUAGUCUAUACUUAUCUGCCUAUAUUUCUUAAUAAACCAACGUUUUUGCAAU